AUGCCUCGUGGUGGGCGUCCGUCCUCGAUCAUCAAUGCCCACAAGAGAGAACUUCUGCAAGACAUUGUCACCUUUGAUGAACACUCUCUAUUCAUCAAUGGUGAGCGUGUGACUAUGUUCUCUGCAGAAAUCCACCCUUUCCGUCUACCUGUUCCAUCGCUGUAUCUAGAUCUAUUCCACAAAGUCAAAGCGAUGGGCUUCAACAUGGUCUCGUUCUACGUCGAUUGGGCUCUACUGGAAGGGAAACCGGGCGAGUUCCGGUCAGAGGGGGCGCUGGAUCUACAGCCCUUCAUAGACGCUGCAAAAGAAGCGGGUAUUUACCUUCUUGCGAGACCAGGACCAUACAUCAAUGCUGAAGUCUCUGGUGGUGGAUUCCCGGGCUGGUUGCAGAGAGUCAAAGGAUUUCUGAGGACCAAUGCUACUGACUAUCUCGCUUCAACUGAUAACUAUGUCGCAAAGGUGGGAGCAAUCAUCGCAAAAGCGCAAAUCACCAAUGGUGGGCCCGUAAUCCUGUAUCAGCCAGAGAACGAGUAUAGUGCCGCUCAAGGAACACCGUUUCCGAAUCACGACUACCUGGAAUACGUCAACGACCAGGUCCGCAAGGCUGGUGUAGUUGUGCCUCUUAUCAACAAUGAUGCAUGGCAAGGGGGUACUGGUGCUCCUGGUACUGGACCUGGAGCUGUAGAUAUAUACGGACAUGAUGGAUAUCCUGUCGGUUUCGACUGCACAAAUCCUUAUAAGUGGCCUAAGGACGGAUUACCGACGACUUGGCAUGCCGAGCAUCUGGACAAGAGCCCCAACACUCCGUACUCGAUCAUCGAGUUCCAAGGCGGUGCUUUUGAUCCUCCUGGAGGUACUGGCUUUGAGAAGUGCUAUGAACUAACCAACCACGAGUUUGCCCGCAUUUUCUACAAGAACAACCUCGCUGCAGGUGUGACAAUUUUCAAUAUCUACAUGACAUGGGGAGGUACCAACUGGGGAAACCUUGGGCACUCUGAUGGAUACACCUCAUACGAUUACGGCGCUGCUAUCAAAGAGGACAGGACAGUCACCCGCGAGAAAUAUUCCGAGAUCAAACUCCAGGGCCAGUUCCUUGCCGUUUCACCAAACUAUGCCGUAGCGACAGCAAGUAACUUCACAACGACAAAAUACACCAACAACAACAAGGUUGCCGUUACAGCACUGACCACAAAGAAAGACGAUGCCUUCUAUGUUGUGCGACACGCAGAUUAUCGAACGACUGCCACCGCAUCGUAUAAGCUCAAAGUGAAAACAUCUGUGGGACAACUAACAAUUCCUCAACUCGGCGGCUCGCUUUCAUUACACGGUAGAGAUUCGAAGAUCCAUGUCGUGGACUACCCGGUUGGAAAGCACACAGUUGUGUAUUCCACUGCCGAAGUGUUCACAUGGAAAGACCUCGGCGACAAGACUGUUCUUGUAAUCUACGGCGGACCUGACGAGUUGCAUGAAGUCGCGAUCAAGAGUGACUCCAAACUCAAUGUUGUCGAGGGUGAUGGCAUCAAGACGGAGAGAAGAAAAGGAGCGACUAUCUUUCAAUUCACAACCAGUCCUAAGCGCCGCGUGGUCCAGAUCGGAUCCCUUCACGUAUAUGUUCUAGACCGUAACGCUGCGUAUAACUACUGGGUUCCUACCAUCCCAGAAAAGGGCGAACGUGUGGCGUUUGGAUCUUCAGUCAUGAACCCCAAGGCAGUGAUCCUCAAUGGUGCUUACUUGAUUCGCUCUGUCGCUAUCAAAGGAUCGAAACUGUCCGUACAAGCCGAUUUUAACGCCACUUCACCAUUGGAAAUCAUUGGUGCGCCAAAAGGAACUUCUCGACUUGUGAUCAACGGCAAAGAUACACCAUUCAAAAGGUCCAAAAUUGGAAACUGGCUGGUUAACCCAGCUGUCCAGAUCCCGGAUAUCAAGAUAACAGACCUGAAGUCUCUGGAUUGGAAGUACGUGGAUUCACUUCCCGAGGUUAAGAAAAAUUACGACGAUGCCAAAUGGCCCGAUGCUGAUCUGAAGAACACUUUCAACUCCAAGUGGCCUCUUAACAAUUCUGUUUCCCUCUACGGAGGUGACUACGGCUUUCAUUCUGGCGCUCUCCUAUUCCGAGGACAUUUUACUGCUGAUGGAUCGGAGUCCAAGUUCAAAGUCUGGACUUUUGGUGGUCUUUCAUAUGGAAGUUCAGUAUGGCUUGAUGACAAGUUCCUUGGCUCAGUCAUAGGUUCAGGGUCUGGCAAUAAUCACACGUUGACUUAUUCCCUUCCCAAGACUCAAAAGGGCAAUAAACAUGUUGUCACUGUUAUCGUGGAUAACAUGGGAUUGAAUGGUAAUUGGGUGCCUGGUUGGGAAGAAGGGAAACAGCCGCGAGGUAUUAUUGACUGGUCUCUGGAGUCCAGUUCUGGUAAGGAGACUAAGAUUUCCAAGUGGAAGAUCACAGGCAAUCUUGGCGGAGAGGACUAUAUUGACAAAUUCCGGGGUCCGCGCAACGAAGGAGGUUUCUUUUUCGAGCGACAAGGUUAUCACUUGCCGUCUCCUCCUCUUAACAACUUCAAGUCUGGCUCACCCUUCAACGGUAUUUCCAAACCAGGUGUGGCGUUUUACAUCGCCAAGCUGAAAUUAAACCUCCCGUCUGACAAAUUCGACAUCCCACUAUCCUUCGAAUUCAAAAACAACACUGCAAGCGUCGGAGCUUACCGUGCGCUUCUUUACGUCAAUGGUUUUCAAUACGGUAGAUACGUGAGUCACGUCGGCCCACAGUCAGUUUUCCCCGUUCCAGAAGGUGUUUUCAACUAUCGCGGUGAUAAUUGGAUCGGUCUUGGUCUUUGGGCGUUGGAGAAGAGUGCCAAUGUGGACGGGUUGAGCCUAAAGGCUGGCGUUCCUGUGCAGACUGGUCGAGAGCCCGUCAAGCUUGUCAAGGGGCCCAAGUACGCUCAUCGUCGUGGGGCGUACUAG